AAUCCUCCGAAUCGCCCCCGCCUGGCCCUGACAUGCCGUGCACGCAUCCCUCCUGACCUAUUUCCCCCCACGUCUCAAUUCCUCUCUCCCCCCUCGAUCCUCCCGAAUGACCUCCACCACCCUGAUGCCUGUCCGUGUCUCCCUGCGACGAGAUCCUCCUCAUCACGGCCAUUCCCCCGACCAGCCGGACUCCGAACCACCAGCAAAGCGAGCUCGUCUCCAGACUCAAUCGUCAUCGCGUCGUCGCAAGAGCUCCCCCGAUCUGCUGGACACCACCACGACGGAGAACUCAUCCUCCUCGGCUGCCACACCCUACAAACUCUCGUCUCAUCAUCAUCCCCUGCGCCGGCGGACCUCGACGCGCCGCCCGCUGGCCAGCAAUAAUCCCACCUCGUCGUCACCGGCCACUCCGCGACCAAAUCCCCGUCCGAAUCCCCGUCGCAUACUCCGCAAUGAUUCCACCCCCACGAUCACAUCAUACUUCCUUCCUGUCGGUCGCGAAUCGCCAGAUCCAUUAGAUACCAUUUCCCCCUCCGCGACGGCCAACUCGUCGGUCUCGCGGAGGGUCGCCCCGGCGGGGACACCCUCCGCCGUCACCACCACCGCCGCCUCCUCUUCCGCCCGUCGCCCGCGCCGCUCAACUGCCGCCGCUGACCCCGAGCCUGAGGCAGCUGCAACGCCUAUACAGCAGCCUACAUCGGCCUCGAUAGCAUCUAAACCCUCUCAACCUGCCCCGGAUGCGACCCCGCAGCAGCCGACAGUUCCGACCGAGCAGCCAAACACCGGGCGCGAGCAACGGCGCUCCCUCCGCUCCCAUGAUGGUGGCUCCCGCGCGCGCAGCGAGCUGGCGCUCUACUUUCCCAACUAUGAGGAGCUCCUCAGUAUGGAGCCGCCAAAGACCGAGUUUCUCGCGGGAAAUACCACCAUCAAACUCCUCGACGACCUCCACGAACCGCUCAUACCAUCCUCCGACCCCAUUUCUGAUACCGAUACACCCUUUGGAAACCCUCUCGUGAACCUCCACAACUGCGAAACAAUCACCCUUCCCGAUCCUUCUACCUCCCCACGCAUACCUCCCACCGCCGAAGAUUCUCCCACAACCUCUCCCGACCCUCUCAGCGAAGAAACCUACUUCCGCCCGCACCGGCGCAAUGAGCGACAAGAAAAGCAACUGCGCAACAUCGAGCGCGACCGCGCCCAGCACGAAAAGCAAAACUUAGACCGUCUCCUGGAUGACCUCCAAGGCCACGACUGGCUGCGCGUCAUGGGAAUCACCGGACUGAUCAGCGACCCGGAGCGCAAACACUUCGAGUCCAAACGCACCUACUUCAUCCGGGAGAUCUCCGCCGUCCUGCAGAAGUUCAAAAUCUGGAGGGAAGAAGAAAAGCGCCGCAAGUCAGAAAAGGACAAACCGGCCGAGGAAGAGCCCGUCCCACCCACCACCGCUAGCAGUAGCAAAAAGGACCACUCCCCAGAAACAACAGCCACAUCCCCCAACGGCGACCCAGAAGACGGCACCACCCCGUUAUCCGACGCCCAAAGCUGCGGUGGAGAUCCCCCAGACCCCAACGACGUCGACGCCUGGGCAGCAAGACAACUACAUCAGGAAGCAAGAUCCGCCACUACAACAACCACAGCAAACACCACGAAUCCUAUAACCACAAGUACCUCAACGGGCAAGAAACUAACCAAACCCUCAUCCUCCACCAAACACAAAGCCACCGCCUCCAACAUAGCCCCUCCUCCUUCUCCUCCUCCUCCACCACCCCCACCAGCAGAAAUAUUACCCCCCGAACCCACCAAACCCUUCACCUCCUUCUACUCGAAACCCCAUCUCCGCGAACUAGCCCUCGCUGGACCAGCCCGGAAAGGUCGAACCCGCUUAGCCUUCGGACAACCUAUUCCCGAGAUUGAAGAGCGCGAGUUCGAGCUCCCCGCGGAGAUUCUCACGCCCGAAGCGAUCGAUUCGUGUCGACGGAAGAGGCGAAGGAUGAAGAGGGCGAGUGGACGCGGGGAGACGGGGUAGAUUGCAUGAUUGCAUUAGAUUACUGGUGUUCUGUUUCCCUUCUUUCUGCAUUUGAAGAGGGAAUUUACUGGAGUGAGUGUGUUUGGUUUGGUAUGGGUUGGUUCGGUAUGGUACACUAUGGAUGGCGUUGAACAGUGGUUUGUUUCAUUCUUUCGAAUUCUCUUCUUCGCUUCUAUUUUCUUUUCUUUUCUACUUCUCUAUA